CUUCCUCCAGUGAUGAUGAAGAUGCUGAUGCUGCUGCUGCUGAUCCAGGUGUCCUCCUCUUCCUCCUCUUCCUCCGCUGGUUUCUCAGUGGGGUGCGGGAACGCUCUUCCUUCGCUCAGUCGUCCUGCUAACGCCAGUCAGAUCUUCUACGGCAUCAUGUUCGACGCGGGCAGCACCGGCACUCGCAUCCACGUCUACACCUUCACCCAGAGAGAGCCAGAGGGAUUGCCCGUGCUGGAUAAUGAGAUGUUCCAGUCGCUGAAGCCCGGUCUGUCUGCGUAUGCCGACGCUCCUGAGAUCGCCGGACACACGGUGGCGCUGCUCCUGCGAGUGGCCAAGCGGACGGUCCCUGCGCUGGAGUGGAAGAGGACGCCUGUGAUGUUCAGAGCCACCGCUGGACUGAGACUGAUGCCGGCCCAUAAAGCCCACGCACUCCUGGAGCAGGUCCGAGACGUCUUCGACGAGUCUCCGUUCUACGUUCCCGCUGACAGUGUCAGUAUCAUGACCGGGACGAAUGAAGGGAUUCUGGCCUGGAUCACAGUCAACUUUCUGACCGGCCGGCUCGCCCGCGGCGCGCAGAAGACGGUGGGAAUCCUCGACCUGGGCGGCGGAUCCACGCAGAUCACAUUCCUCCCGAGGUCAAAGAAGAGCAUUGAAAGUGCGCCGACUGAUUACAUCAGCAGAUUCCACAUGUUCAACUCCACGUAUGAGCUCUACACACACAGUUACCUUGGGAACGGGAUCAAAGCGGCUCGGCUGUCUGCGCUCGGAGCGCUGCGUUCAGACGGUCUGGAGAAGAAGGUUUGGAGAAGCUCUUGUCUGCCCAAAAAACACACCGGCCACUUCAGCUUCGGAGGGUUAACUUACCAUGUCAGUGGAGUCACCCACGGUGUGGGGGGCUUCAGGACGUGUUACCAGGAGAUGCUGAAGGUGGUGAAGGGCUUCAUCAAACAGCCUCUCGAGCUGCAGGACAGCGCCAGCUUCUACGCCUUCUCUUAUUACUUUGAUCACGCUGUGGAAGCCGGACUCAUCGAUGAAACCAGAGGAGGAGCCGUGAAGAUCCGAGAAUUUAGGAAACGAGCGAAAGAGGUGUGUAACCGAGCGUCGAAGCGCAGUCAGCCCAAUGAGUUCCUCUGUAUGGAUCUCACGUACAUCAUCUGUCUGCUGAAAGACGGCUUUGGUUUUAAAGAAAGCACCGUUCUGCAGCUAACCAAGAAGGUGAAGAACGUGGAAACCAGCUGGGCUUUGGGUGCCACCAUCGACCACUUCCAGAAGUUCAGGAUUCAUUAAAAACCAGCCAUAAACACUUCCAGAAGUUC